AUGGCGACGACUACUGAGGGUGCGGCUGCGGCCGGCUCGAAGCCAUUUGACAUUGUCGCAACAUACAAUGAGCUCCUACGCUCCGAUCCCGACCUCACCAUGCCCAUUGCGGCUAUUGAAGCGCUGGUGCUUCUUCUCACCCACGAACCCUCUUCGACGAUAUCCGAGACCCUAGACCUGCUCGAGAAGUCCACCACCCACCUCAAAAAAGCGAUUCCCAAUCCCAUUGGUCUGUCGGCCGGAACCGAUCUCUUUCAACGAUAUCUGAUCACCACCUUACAACGCCCGGGACAACUGGGUCCCGCGGGGGAUUUCAAGGCUAUUCGAACACAUCUUCUUUCCAACGGCCGUCUGUUCAUUCGCCGUGCCAAAGAGAGUAGAGAGAAGAUCGUGAAUUUCGGACGAGGCUUCAUCCGCGAUGGCUGCACGGUGCUCACAAAUGGUGGAUCCAGAGCUGUCGCAUCCCUCUUGCAGAAGGCUGCAGAUGAAGAGGGAGGCCCCUCCGCGGUUCGCUUCCGCGUGAUCUAUGUUCUAUCCUCGAUCAGUCAGAACAUCGAAGAGCCGUCCGGGGAGCCGGAGGGCAUGGAGACUGUGCGGGCUCUGCGAGCGAAGGGCGUUCCAGUCUCGACAAUCCCGGAGUCAGCGGUUGCCUACGCUCUCGGCAAGGCUGAUAUGGUCAUUGUGGGUGCGGAGGGUGUUGUGGAAAACGGAGGUAUUGUCUCCCGCAUGGGUACCUACCAGAUUGGCCUUCUUGCCAAGGCGAUUGGCAAGCCGUUCUACGUGGUGGCCGAGAGCCACAAGUUUGUUCGACUAUACCCUCUUGGCCAAUAUGAUCUGCCUAUUGAGCAAAACGUCGUUGACUUCAAAUCCGAGGAUGAUAUUGCAGAACAAAAGCAACAGUCUUCGGCAGCUGAGUCCAAUGGAGACCGACCUAUUGAGCUGCCGCUCUGCUAUUCGGUUGAUUUCACACCGCCGCACCUGAUCUCGGCCCUGAUUACUGAUAGUGGUGUAUUGACACCCAGUGCUGUUAGCGAAGAGCUGAUUAAGAUCUGGUUUUAA